AUGGCAGGCUAUGACACAGUGCCCGAAAAUGCCGGGGUGAAGGUGGAUAGAUUCACGCUGUCCAUUCCCGAGCAGGAACUAUCAGAUUUUAAAGACCUCCUGCGACUCUCCAAGCUAGCCCCACGCACCUACGAGAACAUGCACACCGAUGACGGCAAGUUCGGUGUUAGUUAUGACUGGAUGAAGAAGGCGAAAGACUACUGGCUGAACGAAUAUGACUGGCGCGAGAUCGAAAAGCACAACAACUCGUUCCCGAAUUUCAUCGCGCACAUCAAGGACGACGACGGCGAGGAUUUCCGCAUCCACUUCGUGGCGCUCUUUUCCAAGAAGCAGAACGCCGUCCCGCUGCUCUACAUGCACGGUUGGCCGGGCAGCCAUCUCGAACACCUCGACAUCAUGGACCUGUAUCGCAAGAAAUACGCACCGGAGGAGCUGCCGUACCAUGUCAUUGCGCCGUCGCUGCCCGGGUGGACACUCAGUUCCGGUCCCCCGCUGACCAGGGACUUCGACACCGAGGACAUUGCGCGCAUCAUGAACAAGUUGAUGGUCGGCCUCGGGUUCGGGAGUGGCUAUAUCUGUCAGGGCGGUGACAUCGGUUCGUUCACGGCAAAGGUCAUGGCGGGGACUUAUGAUGAAUGCAAAGACAAUUUUGCCGUGUCCAGCGCGCCACCCAAGAAUGUGGAUGAAAGUCAAAUCACCGACUCCGAGAGAAAAGGCAUGGAGCGGAUGCAGUCAUUCUACAUGACCGGAAACGCCUAUGCGCGCGAACACGGCACCAGACCGGCCACGAUCGGGUUUGUGCUCGCUUCUAGCCCACUUGCUCAGCUAGCAUGGAUUGGCGAGAAAUUCAUCGAAUGGACCGACGACACGCCGCCUCUGAAGAACAUCCUCGAUUCCAUUACCCUGUACUGGUUCACCGAGUCUUUCCCACGUUGCAUCUACUGCUACCGCGAGUUUUCCAUCCCAGGUAGCCGCGGUCUGCCUCACGGAAACCCAAAGUACGACAACGACAAGCCGACCGCAUACUCGUGGUUCCCCAAGGAGCUCGCACCGGUGCCGAAAGCGUGGGUGCUCGCGCAGGGCCACAACCUGAAGCUCUUCAAACAACAUGAAUCGGGCGGCCACUUCGCGGCAAUGGAAAAGCCAAAGGAAAUGCUGGAGGACAUGGAGGAAUUUAUCCAGAAGAUCGGUUGGCCUGUGAAGAAGUGA